AUGUCUUCGUCUCACUCGACCACCUUCACUACUUUCUAUAACACCAUCAAUGGCACCCUCCGUACCUCAAACACCACCUACACCUCAACCAACCCAGCAACAGGCACCACCCUUCAUGAAGCCCCAGUAGCCAGCUCAGCGGAUCUCGACGAAGCUGUCAUCGCAGCCAAUGACGCCUUCCUCACCUGGAAAAGCACCACCUGGAAACACCGGAGCGAGCUCCUAACGAAGCUAGCCGCCCUGAUCGCUGAAAAUGCGCCGUCAUUAACGGAAUUGUUGAUCGCUGAGACAGGAAAGCCGCGCAAGCAGAAAUCCAGAUAG